AAAUCUCGCGGUGUUACCAUCCAGACAUCUUGCAUCCUAUUUAGUCUGGUUCCACAGGAUUUAUUGUUUGACUAUCGACAAAAUAGUUUUAUUCAGUCAUCCAGUGCAGAUUUUCGACGAGUGGCGGCGGCUGUAGCGAGCCUCGCGUGCCAAGCCUGCGGUGUGUCGACUCUCUCUCUCCCAGUGCAAGCCCUGGGCUCUCUUGACGAAUUGUGCGUCAUCUCCACCGCUGUCGUUUUGUUAUUUUUCUCCGUUGAGGAAACAUGGCAACUCCCGCCGCGGUCAAUCCGUCCGAGAUGGGCAGUGAGUUGCCAGGUACAGUAGUGAUGCCGGGGGCAGUUGGGUCCGGCCCGGUAAGGAUGGGAGGAUCUGUGCCAGGCCGUGGCGGCAAGAGAAGAUCAGGCGGAAUGGACUUCGAGGACGAGGAUGGAGAAGGACCUAGCAAAUUUUCAAGAGAGAACCACAGUGAAAUCGAGCGACGUAGACGCAAUAAAAUGACGCAGUACAUCACCGAGCUGUCAGACAUGGUCCCUACCUGCAGCGCUCUGGCCCGUAAACCUGACAAAUUGACCAUUCUGCGCAUGGCAGUUUCUCAUAUGAAAUCAAUGCGGGGCACUGGGAACACAUCCACUGACGGGGCUUAUAAGCCCUCGUUUCUGACUGAACAGGAACUGAAGCAUCUGAUCUUGGAGGCAGCGGAUGGCUUUCUAUUUGUGGUGGCGGCGGAGACGGGACGCGUGAUCUACGUCUCUGAUUCUGUGACACCAGUCUUGAACCACCCGCAGUCUGAGUGGUUUGGCAGCACUCUUUACGAACAGGUCCACCCAGAUGACGUUGACAAGUUGAGGGAACAGCUCAGUACCUCAGAAAACUCCAUGACCGGACGUAUCCUUGACCUGAAGACAGGAACAGUGAAAAAAGAGGGGCAACAGUCCUCCAUGCGAAUGUGUAUGGGCUCCAGGCGCUCCUUCAUCUGCCGUAUGAGGUGUGGCAGUGCUCCCCUGGAUCACAUUUCACUAAAUCGUCUGUCUAAUAUGAGGAAGAGAUACAGGAAUGGCCUUGGACCAUCAAAAGAAGGGGAGGCUCAGUACUCUGUGGUUCAUUGCACUGGCUAUAUCAAAGCAUGGCCCCCUGCAGGUAUGACUGUACCAGAUGAGGACACAGAGGCAGGACAGACGGGGAAAUAUUGCCUCGUGGCCAUUGGAAGACUGCAGGUAACCAGCUCUCCUGUCUCGAUGGAUAUGAAUGGUCUAUCCGUACCCACAGAGUUCUUGUCCCGCCACAAUUCAGAUGGGGUCAUCACCUUUGUCGACCCACGCUGCAUCAACGUUAUUGGUUAUCAGCCUCAGGACCUGUUGGGCAAAGACAUUAUCGAGUUUUGUCAUCCUGAGGACCAGAAUCACCUGAGAGAAAGUUUUCAACAGGUGGUGAAGCUAAAGGGUCAGGUACUGUCUGUGAUGUACCGUUUCCGCAUGAAAAACAGGGAGUGGAUGUUGAUCCGAACCAGCAGCUUCACGUUCCAGAACCCCUAUUCCGAUGAGAUUGAAUAUAUCAUCUGCACCAAUACCAACGUCAAGCAGCUUCAGCAGCAACAGGCAGAGCUAGAAGUUCACCAGAGAGACGGUCUGACGGCUUACGAUCUUUCCCAGGUUCCAGUGGCCAGUGUGAGCAGUGGAGUGCAUGAGGCAGGCAAGAGUAUUGACAAGCCAGAAGCCCUUUUUUCCCAGGAAAGAGACCCACGCUUUGCUGAAAUGUACACCAGCAUCUCCGGAUCCGGUGAUAAGAAGAUGAUGGUUCCCUCCUCGACAGCGGGAGGACAGCAGCUCUAUUCUCAGACUUCUCAGUUCCAGCAGGGACACUCUGGAAAAACCUUCAGUUCCUCUGUGAUUCAUGUCCCAGGUGUGAAUGACAUCCAACCAUCAAGUUCGUCCACUCAGAAUCUAGCUCAGAUAUCAAGACAACUCAACCCUGGCCAAGUUGCUUGGUCAGGAAACCGCCCCCCAUUCUCUGGCCAGUCCAGUAAAGCCCAGACCAGUCCGUUUGGUAUUGGGACAGGCCACAGCUACCAGACCGAUCCGGCCUCCUACAGUCCACUUUCAUCCCCAGCCACAUCAUCACCCAGCGGGAAUGCCUACUCAGGACUCACAAACCGCAGCACAGCCUUUGAUGUGUCCGGAGAGAGCAGCCAGAGCGGAGCUCAAUUCCAGGGUCGACCCAGUGAAGUGUGGUCCCAGUGGCAGAACCAGCAUCACUCCCAGCAGGCUGGGGAGCAGCAUGCACAUACUAACCCCAGCCAGACUGAAGUAUUUCAGGACAUGUUACCCAUGGCUGGAGAUCCCACUCAGGGAACAGCCAACUACAACAUUGAGGACUUUGCUGACCUUGGCAUGUUCCCACCAUUCUCCGAGUAACCCCGCAAUCUCCUGUAGCUCCCUUAGCAAUAGAGGAACUGGACCGGUUUGGUUUGCAUUCAUCUCUCAUGUAGUUGUCUCAUUUGGAAACGUGGCUGGACCACCAGCUCACAACUGAUGUGCAGCACAUUGAAUGUCCGAGUGUACACAUCAAGCACAUAUAAAAACGAAGAGUCCACGCGUUUGGAUUUGACUAUCUGCAGUAUGCAUCUGUGAAUAUACCUCAUCAAUGAAAGAGGGGUCCUGUUGCCAAAUGGACACUACCUCCGUCAAUAUCUCACCUAUCUGUCGCCGAAAUGGACACUGUCUCAAUGAGGAAUGCACACAAAGUCUGCUGAGACGACAUGGAAAGCAUUGCUAUUACCAGAGGAGUUCAACUGUUUGAUCUUCAGCGCAUCAAAACCAUUAUGGCACAUUUUACUCCAUGGAUGUGGGUGAAAAUAAUUUCUGACCACCAUGUAAAGGAAAAUAUGAGGUUGUCUCAGAAUCCCAGACCUUUAUCUGCUAAUGGAUUCAAAGCUACAAUUUGCUGCGGAUUAGGCUUAAUAAUAAUCCUUUAAUUGAAUUUUGUAGACACUUUCAAUUCGUCAAAUGCAAAACAGACUUAAUGUACUGAGUGUGUGGCAUAAUGAGGUAUAAGAUUUGCAUUUAGGUAAAUUCACCUUAUUUAUGGAUCUCCAAUUGGAGGCAAAAGGAGAACAAGUCAGGCACUUAGCCACAAAGACUGAAGUCUCAAAUGAGAGACGAUGACCGCUGUAUUUUAUCAAGAUAACUCCUGCUGGAUGAUCUACCUACAGAGGAUAUAGAACGUUGACACACUGCUGUUAAAUGCUAGCUAUUUGUAAAAAUAAAAAAAGAUCAUCAAUCA